AUGGCCGCGGCCGCGGCGGGUGGAGCCCCGGGCCCGGCCCCCGGCCCCGCCAGGGCCCCGCCGCCCGCCGGCCCCGGCCCCGCCGCCAGGGCCCCGCAGCAGGCGCUCCGGAGGCGCGGGGACUCGCGGCGCCGCCAGGCCGCGCUCUUCUUCCUCAACAACAUCUCCCUGGACGGACGGCCUCCGAGCCUGGGCCCGGGCGGAGAGAAGCCCCCGCCGCCGCCUCCGCCGCCCGCCGAGGCCCGCGAGCCCCCCGCGCCGCCGCCGGGACCCCCGGGACCCGAGCCCUCCUCCCGCGGAGCCCCGCCGCCGCCGCCGCCGCCGCCCGCGCCCCCCGCCGGCCUGCCGGGGCUGCCCGGGGCCACAGGCAGGGCGUCGGCGCCCCAGGGCCUGCUCAGCCCUGCGCCCGCCCCCGCGCCCGCCGGCCUCGGCCUCGGCCUGGGGCUCGGGCUGGACGGGCAGCGCCAGAGACGGCGAGUCGCCUCCCAGCGCUGCUCUCUCGAGUUCCUGGAAGAUGCCGUGGGAUGUGCCUCCGUUCAGAGAACCAAACACAUAUCCGGCUCCCCAAGGCACAAAGGCCUGAAGAAGACUCACUUCAUCAAGAACAUGCGACAGUAUGACACGAGGAACAGCAGGAUUGUGCUGAUCUGCGCCAAGCGGUCCCUGUGCGCGGCCUUCUCCGUCCUGCCCUAUGGAGAAGGCCUGCGGGUCAGUGACCUGAGGCUGGACAGCCAGAAGCAGAGACAUCCGUCGGGCGGCGUCUCCGUGUCUUCUGAGAUGGUCUUUGAACUGGAAGGCGUCGAGCUGGGAGCAGACGGAAAGGUGGUGUCUUACGCCAAGUUCUUAUACCCUACCAACGCCCUGGUCGCACACAAGACGGACAGCCACGCCCUGCCGCCUCAGCCCCGGCCCAGCGUCCCCCGGGCUCUGCCAGGGUCAAGAUACAAACCUACCCCAGCCAAGUCAGCGCCAACGGGCACGGAUCUAGGGACUGACGCAGGGGACGCACUGGAGUAUAACCCCAACCUCCUGGAUGACCCGCAGUGGCCCUGCGGCAAGCACAAGCGGGUCCUCAUCUUCGCAUCGUACAUGACCACCGUAAUAGAGUACGUGAAGCCCUCCGACCUCAAGAAGGACAUGAAUGAGACCUUCCGGGAGAAGUUCCCACACAUCAAACUGACACUGAGCAAAAUCAGGAGUUUAAAACGGGAGAUGCGGAACCUCUCUGAGGAGUGCAGCCUGGAGCCCGUGACGGUGUCCAUGGCCUACGUGUACUUCGAGAAGCUCGUCCUGCAGGGCAAACUCAACAAGCAGAACCGCAAGCUGUGCGCGGGGGCGUGCGUGCUGCUCGCGGCCAAGAUCAGCAGCGACCUCCGCAGGAGUGAGGUGAAGCAGCUCAUCGACAAGCUGGAGGAAAGGUUUCGGUUCAACAGAAGGGAUCUGAUCGGGUUUGAGUUCACGGUGCUGGUGGCCUUGGAGCUCGCGCUCUACCUCCCCGAGAGCCAGGUGUUGCCCCACUACAGACGCCUCACACAGCAGUUCUAGCCCCGCCGGGCCUCCGCGGGGAUGGCGGCCACCCCUCCCACGCCACCAGCACUCAGGGCCCGAGGGACGUUGCCUGGCCUCCGGGUGUGCGCCCCGCGCCCCGUUCCCGCGUGAGCGGCCGCCCGGCGGGGAGGCGCCCGCCCUCGCCACCGAUGCCGUCCCUGCACACCUGCUUCCUUGGAGAGACACUGCGUUCAUUCCAAAGCGCACCACCCGCCAUGGCACAUUCCUGAGAAUUUUCUCGCAUUUUUACGUGAGCAGAACGUGAAGUUUUCUUUUUUCAUGUGCCUGUGACGGACCCUGAUCCUCCUCAAGUGGCCAUUUCGGAUCUUUUCCCUUUGCACCGCCUGGGCUUCCGCAAACCGCCGCCGCCACUGCGCUCGCCUCGCAGGGGACAUCGGGGCUCCCAGGGCCUGCUGAACAUGCUGAAGUUGCUGAAGUUAAUGUGUCCAAACAUUAGUCUUGGCUAUUUCGGGUUUUCAGCUGCGGUCACAGCCCGGCCCCCUCCCGGCCCAGCCGAGCCCGCCGGUCUCCCCCGCGUCCUUCUGCAGGCGGAGCUCUGGCAUUAGGUGCACGCAGCUAGGCCAGCGUCCGGUUUCUCUCACUCUGUACUCCAAGCAUCGUGUCACUGUGAAAUCCUGAGGCCCGAGCGUCACACACGCCAGCAGGUCUCGGCGCAGACACUAGCCCACCUCACGGGGGGACCCACCCUUCCCCUCUCACCCCGAGCCCCUGCUUGCCAGCCACACUCUGGACCUUCAGGAUGACGGACUGCUUGCUCUUGGCUCUGGAUCUUUCUCAGCAAUAUUGUGAUGAAGAAAAGCAGUGUAUUUAUUGUUACUUGCGAUUUGGUUUGAAGAGUCUUUUAAGGGAGACGAAACGUGGCGGAAAGCUGCUGAGGCUGUGACGUGGAGCCAUGCUCACCCCGGCCAUGGGGGGCCGGCUGCUCCAGCUCCCCGGGGAGAGGGUGCACACACUGGUACUUCCUAGGCAGGAGGAAGCAGUCUUGGCUGUCACGCUAAGCAAGCCCAGGGAGUGCUGGCUGCCACCUGUGUGCAGGCCUGUGUCCCUCCUGCACAUCCUGGGACCCGGUCCUCCAGCUCGCUGCCCGUCAAACACUGAAGAACUGAGGACAGUUUCCGUCCCUGAGACAGCUGGGCCAUUAAGCUGCUUCCCUGCUGCUCUCCUAGAAAGCUGUCAGUCUGUGCAACAGCCCCACCCUGUAUCCUGUGAACUGAUGCUUUUGCCAAAAGGAGACACCAGUUGUGCUCAUCACAGCACUCAGGCACCAGCAACGCGGCCUGGACCUCAGCCCCGUGUCUGCGCAGGCUGCUGGGGAGCCUGCAGGAGGGAGGACACAGCCCAAGACCGUAUUCCAACCCUACUUAUUGUGGGCGAACUCUGUCCUCUCCGCCGGCCCGACCUGCAUGUGUCCCACGUGGAAGAGGGUGGGAGCUCUGAGGUCCAGGCACCUUUCUCCCGGACAGCAAGGUGCACAGCCACCAUCGGAUCUCAAGGACAUUCUAGCGGUACGAGCACUGUAAGGGACAGACUCCCAAACUUCACCUCAAGAGGGCAUGUGCCCUCAUCCUCCACGACUUCCAUACAGGUGUUAGAACAGCUGACAGCAGCUUAGGUCUGUGUGUUCCGUAGUAAAGUUUAGUCCUUCACAGACUAGCUCCCCAUUCGGUGUGUCCUGUCCUCGGUGCCGAAAGCUGCUCGUGUGUGAUGUUCAGUAAUCACCGCGGCAAAGCCAGUAUUGAAGCCAAACUUCAGCCUGAACUCCUCAUUCUCUAGAACGAACCCAGACGUCCGAGAGGCGUCUCAGGGCCUGGUGCGGCUCGCAGCAGCGGGCAGCAGCUGUGCAUUUAAAAGCGUGCUAAGCUUGACUGACCUCAAGGUCAAGUCACGUGUCAUUUGUUUGCAAAUGGUAACGUAUUUGUGGUUCGAAGUAAAAUGUGGUUUUGCAAAGUG